GUCACCUCUCCUUCUUCUCUUUCGAUUUUGCAGUGAAAAUGGAGAAACGCAGCACGGACUCGCGAGUCAAAGGAGUCAGCACAGGGACCACCAUCCUGGCUGCCGCUUUUGAUGGAGGGGUCGUGAUUGGUUCAGACUCCAGGGCUUCCAUUGGAGGGGAAUAUGUAUCAUCUAAGACCAUCAACAAGGUGAUUCAGGUUCAUGACCAGAUCUUCUGCUGCAUGGCUGGCUCCCUCGCAGAUGCUCAGGCUGUCACCAAGGCUGCAAAGUUCCACCUGUCCUUUCACAGUGUCCAGAUGGAGACCCCUCCACUGGUGAUAGCAGCAGCAUCUGUACUUCAAGAACUGUGCUACAAAAACAAAGAGGAGCUGCAGGCCGGCUUCAUCACCGCAGGCUGGGACAGGAAGAAAGGACCACAGGUGUACGUCGUGUCUUUAGGUGGGAUGUUACUCCGUCAGCCGGUUACCAUCGCUGGCUCAGGCAGCACCUACAUCUACGGCUACGUUGACGCCAAAUAUAAACCCAACAUGAGCCGAGAGGAAUGCCUACAGUUUGCCACUAAUGCUCUAGCUCUUGCCAUGGGCAGAGACAACGUCAGCGGAGGCGUGGCUCACCUGGUGGUGAUCACGGAAACUGGGGUGGAGCACGUGGUUGUCCCUGGUAACAAGCUGCCCAAGUUCCACAAUGAGUGACAGCCUUCGACAACCAAUAACAUUUUGACCAAUUUUUGUUUUGUUUUGUUUGGCUUUAUGUAAGUAAUAGUUUGAAAUCUCAUCAUUAAUGUUAUUAUGGAAAGAUGCAGACUAGUUACUAGUUAUACAACUUCUAUGCCAAACUACAAACGUUGACUUACAACUCUUAUAAUUCCAUUAUAAAUACGGCUCUAUCUGCCUUUUUCUCUGUCCAGAUCACGUUUGUGUAAUUUUUUUUGAUGUUUGGAAAUAUUUUCAAUAUAAAUAAACAUUUUCCAAAACCCCA